GCCAUCGGAUCAGAUCGGAUCCGAUCGUGCACCCGCCCCGAGGCAAACGUAUAUUCACGAUUCCCGUAGACCAGGCCGCGCAACGAUAAAAUCCCCCCAAACAGUUGGAUUCCAGAGAGGACGAGACGCAAUUCUUGGAGAGAAGAGAAACCCUUCCCCACUCAGAUUCAUUCAGGACCACGCGACGUCCGAGGGCGGGAGAGAUGAGCGGGGCGGAGGAGGAAGCGACGGGGGCGGGGGGCUCCGGCGGGGGGAGCGGCGGCGGCGCGGGGUCGUCGGGGAGCAGCGGGCCGCGGCGGCGGUUCGACGACAAGGGGCUCGUGGCCCGCACCUCGCUGAUCCUGUGGCACACGCACCAGAACGACGCCAACGCCGUGCGGAAGCUGCUCGAGGAGGACGCCGCGCUCGUCAACGCCCGCGACUACGACAGCCGCACGCCGCUCCACGUCGCGGCCCUCCACGGGUGGCACGACGUCGCCGAGUGCCUCAUCGCCAGCGGCGCCGACGUCAACGCCCAGGACCGGUGGCAGAACACGCCACUUGCUGAUGCGGAGGGCGCCAAGAGGCAGACCAUGAUCGAGCUGCUCAAGGAGCAUGGUGGAUUGACAUAUGGGAAAACUGGAAGCCAUUUUGAAGCAAAAUCAAUUCCGCCACCUCUAACAAACAAGGUUGACUGGGAGAUUAACCCACUUGAAUUGGACUUCACAAAAGCAGUUAUCAUUGGAAAGGGCUCUUUUGGAGAAAUUCUGAAAGCAAAUUGGCGAGGAACACCUAUUGCUGUCAAGCGCAUUCUUCCAUCCCUAUCUGAUGACAGGCUGGUGAUCCAAGAUUUUAAGCAUGAAGUCAACUUGCUAAUAAAGCUGAGACAUCCAAAUAUUGUCCAGUUCCUUGGAGCAGUCACAGAAACCAAGCCUCUAAUGCUAGUUACUGAGUUUCUACGAGGAGGUGAUCUUCAUCAAUAUCUGAAGGAGAAAGGCUCACUCAGCCCACUUACUGCUGUUAAUUUUGCACUAGACAUUGCAAGGGGAAUGGCAUAUCUUCAUAAUGAGCCUAAUGUUGUGAUCCACCGGGACUUAAAACCAAGAAACAUUCUUCUAGUGAAUUCUGCUGCCAACCACUUGAAAGUUGGAGAUUUUGGCCUUAGUAAGAUUAUCAAAGCUCAGCAUGCCAAUGAUGUAUACAAGAUGACAGGAGAGACAGGAAGCUACCGGUACAUGGCCCCUGAAGUUUUCAAGCACCGGAAAUACGACAAGAAAGUUGACAUCUUCUCUUUUGCCAUGAUACUGUAUGAGAUGCUGGAAGGCGAUCCACCUUUCUCCAGCUACGAACCUUAUGAGGCUGCUAAGUAUGUGGCAGAUGGGCAUCGCCCAGCUUUCCGUAAAGGAUACCUUCAAGAAUUGAAGGAUUUGAUUGAGCUAUGUUGGUCAGGGGAUAUCAAUGUGAGACCAUCUUUCUUAGAGAUUCUCAAGCGGCUUGAGAAGCUGAAGGAAGCCUUAUCAAACGACCACCACUGGCAUUUGUUCCAGUAGCGGUGCUGUGGUGCAUUACUACAGGUGGUGUCUUAAAUGGGGUUUUCUUGGGAGAUCUGUCAUUUAUCAAUGUACAAAAUUUGGUGCCUUGAGAAAGGUCCACCGAGGCAAAUUUUUCUCUGUUUUACUUUGCUACUAUUUCUGUUAAUGAAAACAGAAACCUUGUUUGUAUCGCAUCAA